AUGGCUCUCACUCUGUGGCUGUGUGCGCUCUGCCUCCAAGCCAGCGUGCUGGCAGAAGCUGUGCAGUGUCCCGGAGCAGAGGGAGUCUUUCAGCCCAAACACACACAGUUUGAAAACCACAUGCAACAGAUGGAUCAAGCACUGACCAAUGGCCUGACUUUGUUAAGAGCUAAGCGGCAGUUGGAGCGGAGGGGUCCCACCCACCUGAGUCAGUCCAGUCUGCCGGGGGCUGUGUCCGUCAAAGGCUUUCCGAACAGCCUCAUCCAGGCUGACAGGUCCAGACGACACCUGGUCCAAACUGCAAAUAAAAAGUCCAAGCGUAGAUCCCGAGUCGGCUCCUACUCGCUCCUCACCCACGACAAGUCCACCCCCCUACAGGUAAUCAGAGCACGGAGACAAGUGAAGAACGAACCACCAAGUAGAGGGAAGAUCGAUCGGUCGGGAGCUUUCUCAGUCCUGGGGGACCCCACAAAUGAAGGCCAAAACGUCCAGCCCAAAUAA